AUGGAAAACUCGAUGAACGAGCAAGCGACUACUGUCGAAAAUCGCGCGCGGUUUUUCAAGCGGAAGGUUUUAUCGCUUUAUGAUAGCCUUGUGAGACUCGAUGCGUCACUUUCUGAAGUUAAGCUAGCUACAUUUAAUUCAUCGGAAUUAGCAGUACGGUUGGAGCUAUUAGAACGUGCUCAAGCUUCGUUUGACUUAGCUCAGAAUGCGCUGGAGGAGAUUGACUAUAAUGAGAUCGGUAGUGAAACGCGAGACAAUUUCGAUGAACGGUUUCUUGAAGUGAAAUCGCGUGUUCGGGCGCAUUUUGACAGUCGUGAGCGCCAGUUGAUUCGGUCUUCCACAUUGCGGCGUGAUGAGACCAUCGAUCCUUCGGCUAAUGGCCUCGGUGCUCGCUCUAAUAGACGUCGUCUACCCGAGCUCAAACUUCCCACGUUCGGUGGAGGUUAUACGGAGUACGCGAGUUUUUGGUCAAUGUUCGAGUCUGUCAUUGACAAGGACAACGACUUAGAUGAUGUUGAAAAGUUUCAGCAUCUGCUAUCGUGUUUAACUGGUCCAGCGCUGGAUGCAGUUCGGUCGUUGGAGAUAUCGCGGCCCAAUUAUCGUGUGGCUCUGGAGAUAUUGGAUAAUCGGUUCAACAACAACCGGCUUGUGUUCCAGUCGCACAUCAAGGAUCUGUUGGGUACCAAGAAGGUGGAGGCAGGAGCAUCCGUGGCCACUAAACUUCGUGAGUUUAGCGAUAAGGUAAAUGUUCACAUGGGGGCAUUAAAGACUCUGGGCCGUCCAGAGGAAAUCGCGAACAGCAUUCUUAUUUACGUGCUGCUGCAAAAGCUGGAUGUGGAAACCCAGGCUGCGUGGGAGGAUAGCAGGGCAUUGGACAACCCUGCCGCCGAUAAAGUGCCGACAGCCAAUGAGUUCUUCACGUUUCUGGAUGAAAGAUGUCGGAAGCUCGAGACUCUGCAAUACGCUAUGGGUAGUCACACAGCAGGCUCACAGGUGGGAAGGAGCUUUAGCCAUAACGGCAGCAGGAAGGCAAAGGACACCAAACUCGAUCCUGCACAUCUGGCGCUUGCCGUAACUGUGGUGGGCGGCAUCAUUCUUUGCUACAUUUUGAGACAUCGCAACGAGCCUCGUCAGCUGAUGCGUCUGCCGCUUUACAGCCUCAAGCGUCCACCUCUCUUGCUGGUCAAUGUCUUCGUUCUGAUGCUGCACUCUUGGGUACUGUUGGUGUUUUGCUUAAGAGUCGUGCUGGGUCGUUCAUUCAUUGUCGUGCUCUGUUGGAUUCUGGUUCGCAAAUCCACAUGA